GCCAAACUCAAAGUACACAUCAACAUUACUCUUCAUAGACAAUCAACCCUCUCAAUACUCUUUCUACUUUGCCAAAAUAGCGGAACCAUGGCUUCUCCAACAUCAGCAACUACUACUACUUGGAUUCAACCUAAAUUUUCAUCUUCUUCUUCUUCCUCUUCACGCCAUUCUUCUUCUUCAUUGGUGGGCUUCGGCUCCAGGCCCAUAGGAAAGCCCAACAAAGUCACUUGUUCUCUACAAACACCUUCAAUUCUGCAUUUACCCAAACAAUCCCCCGCCUAUACGCCAUCAACACCCGCUAUUUCUGUUCCUUCCACUGAUAAAGUUCAACCAUGGAACUUGUUGCAGAGACUGGCAGCUAUGGCUUUCGAUGCUGUUGAACAAACUUUGAUUUCUAAAGAACAACAACACCCACUCCCCAAAACUGCUGAUCCUUGCAUUCAAAUUUCCGGCAAUUUUUCUCCGGUGCCUGAACAACCCGUCCGACACAAUCUCCCGAUGAUCGGGGAAAUCCCAGAAUGUAUUCGAGGUGUGUAUGUACGGAACGGUGCGAACCCACUUCACGAGCCGAUCGCCGGUCACCACUUCUUUGACGGGGAUGGAAUGAUCCACUCUGUCAGGUUCGAAAACGGGUCUGCGAGCUAUGCCUGCUGGUUCACCGAAACGAACCGUCUGGUUCAGGAGCGUGAAUUGGGUCGUCCAAUAUUCCCAAAAGCCAUUGGGGAACUCCAUGGACACUCUGGGAUAGCGAGACUUGUGCUGUUCUAUGCUCGAGGACUAUUCGGGUUAGUCGACCCGACCCACGGACUUGGUGUCGCCAACGCCGGACUCGUCUACUUCAACAAUCGACUACUAGCGAUGUCUGAGGAUGAUUUGCCUUACCAUGUUCGUGUCCUUCCCUCCGGCGACCUGAAGACCGUCGGUCGAUAUGAUUUUGAUGGGCAGCUUAAAUCCACCAUGAUUGCCCACCCGAAAGUCGACCCGGUAUCCGGCGAGCUAUUCGCUUUGAGCUACGAUGUUGUCCAGAAGCCGUACUUGAAAUAUUUCAAAUUCUCCCCUAAUGGAACUAAAUCUCCUGAUGUGGAAAUCCCAGUUGAUCAACCAACGAUGAUGCACGAUUUCGCGAUCACAGAGAAUUUCAUUGUCAUCCCCGAUCAGCAGGUGGUGUUCCAAUUACCCGAAAUGAUUCGGGGAGGCUCUCCUGUAGUGUAUGACAAGAACAAGAUUGCAAGGUUUGGUGUUCUGGACAAGAAUGCAAGUGAUGGUUCUAAGAUUAAAUGGGUCGAAGUUCCUGAGUGUUUCUGUUUCCAUCUCUGGAAUGCGUGGGAGGAGCCAGAGAGUGAUGAGAUUGUUGUGGUUGGGUCAUGUAUGACUCCUCCAGACUCCAUUUUCAACGAAAGUGACGAAAGCUUAGAGAGUGUUUUAUCCGAGAUUCGGCUAAACCUCAAGACAGGAAAGUCCACGCGACGCCCGAUCAUUCCAGGUCCUGAACAAGUCAAUCUGGAGGCUGGAAUGGUGAACCGGAACCUGCUCGGUAGAAAGACCCAGUUCGCCUACUUGGCCCUCGCAGAGCCGUGGCCUAAAGUUUCUGGUUUUGCGAAAGUGGACCUUGCUACAGGUGAAGCUACCAAGUAUAUCUAUGGAGAAGAGAUGUUCGGAGGAGAACCUUUGUUUCUUCCUAGAACUGCCAAUUCGGAAAGGGAGGACGAUGGGUACAUUUUGGCUUUCGUCCAUGACGAGAAAGAGUGGAAAUCGGAGCUGCAAAUCGUGAAUGCCAUGACAUUGGAGUUGGAAGCUACUAUCAAGCUUCCAUCUAGAGUUCCAUAUGGUUUUCAUGGUACCUUCAUUGGUGCAAAUGAAUUGGAGCCGCAGAAGUAAAUAGUUGUCCAGAUAAAAGAAUGGACUAUUAGCAUUACAAUAUGAACCAGAGGAAGUAUUGCCAGAGGGAUGCUUUUGCAUAUACAGGUCCCCGGAAUCUCAUCUGUUUUACAGCAGCAGCAGCAAAUCCUUUUCGAAACUUUUUUUUAUUAUUGUAUGUAUACUUUGGUUUGUUAUUUGGAAGUGAGUGGUUUUGAGAGGCCCAGCUUGUAGCUUUGUGGGUGUCGGUAAAAAUGAAGCUCAGCUGGUCUCUGCUUACUCAAAAAUUAUGUUCAUACUUUCCAAGAGAAUAUGUGAUGUCUAUGCCUCUGUUCUCUCUUUA